UAUACAUUUGUUGUUUUGGGUCAUAAACAGUAUAUCAGUCGAGCCAUAAGCAAAUCGAAGGAACGAUUUCAUAUCUUUGCUAAGUUGAUGACACAUGCAACGAGUUUCUAUAAGAAGCUUUCCGAACUGCAUAAAAUUGCUUCGCUCUGAUCAAAGUGUUGGGAGUGAAUAUUAAAACUUACACUAAUUGCGGAUACGGUGCAUUUCGGGACGAUCAACGGAACAAUUAUCAAGAUGCUUUGUUUAAGCACGUGAAAGCGUUUUGCGAGCUAUUGCGCAAAGAUAUAUUCAAAGACAUCGGUGUCUUCAAAGGUCAUUUCCAAUUAGGAACAAGUCUAGUGUGGUGGCGUGUGGAUAGAACUUGGCUUUGUAACACUGUGUUCCACCGGACAGUGAAUUUGAAUUCCAAAUAUAGACGUUGAACAAUUAUAACAUUUGUUUCCAAAUAUUAUUUAUUUUUUAUUGCAACAACACGUGUAUAUUGUGCAAGGAUAGUGCUAUAAUUCUUGGUCAUGUUUCACACAAUCGUAAAACUGAACAAAUUUUCGUGUACUUGGGAAGUAUAAAUUAAAGUUCCGGUGUGAAGCUUAAACACUAUUUCAAAUAGUGGUGACAUUGGCCUAAAUCUUUGUGACAAAUUUAAAUAGUUUUUUUUUUAUAAAAAAAAACAUUAACAGUUAAUAUGGAAAUCGCAACAGCAGACCAACAGCAUACUCCGGCAUGGUUGACCCGACCGGAUGCGUCCCGAAUGGCUUCUGGAUAUGAAGGACCCGUGGGCUUCCCCUCAGAGGACCCAAUGGACCUGUUUACCAUGCCAGGGGGUUUCGACGGGGCCGGGUCCCACAGGGCGGCACACAACUACUACUCCAACUCACGGGCGAUGGGCUAUGGCGGUGCCUCACAUGACAGUCGAAACCUCUACCGCCCAAACUUUCACCACGCCCUGAAUCCUUGGGCAUCCCUUGACACAAAAAGCAUGGUUCCCGCGCACACUGGAUGGGGACUCUACAGGGAUAACAAACAGGCGCUGGGCCACAGCGGAACCACGCCUCUGUCCGUACACCCAGCCUCAUCUAUCGCCUCGUCGAGUUUCAAUUUCCCACCUACGCCCCCUAAGGACGGCACACCGGACAAUAGUAGUGUAAAUAACAACACAAAUAACAGUGCCACGAACUCUGCAGGAAAUUCGGACUAUACACAUUCGGAAAAGUCUAUCAAGGAAGAUACGGAUAAUGGACUGUCUUCAUUCAUGCACCCAAAUAGCGGCCAUUCUGCACAUCCGUUACCUACGUACUCUUCAUACGGUGACUACGGUGCAGGGCUUGGGUUCCACCACCCGAGUAUGUUUAAAACAUCCCCCACCCUCUCAUCACGCCCGCGACAGAAAUCGAGGUCAAGCGCAGGGUUUUCCCCUCGUGCGUUUUCUGACGUCAUGAUGCAACGCUUUGAGGGGGAUCCUUCUGCAGCAAACCAAUCUGCAGAGGGGCGCGAGUGCGUCAACUGCGGGGCGACGUCAACGCCCCUGUGGCGACGUGAUGGCACAGGGCACUACCUGUGCAACGCUUGCGGCCUCUACCACAAAAUGAACGGACAGAACCGACCGUUGAUCAAGCCCAAAAGGAGAUUGUCAGCGGCCAGGCGCGCAGGGACCAGCUGUGCUAACUGCGGAACAACAACAACAACACUUUGGCGGCGAAACGGAAAUGGCGACCCAGUGUGCAACGCCUGCGGUCUUUACUACAAACUACACAAUGUGAGCCGACCUCUUACCAUGAAGAAAGAUGGGAUACAGACCCGAAAUAGAAAAAUGUCCACGAAAAGCAAGAAGAACAAGAAACUGGCAGCAAUGUCAGACCUUUUGAAAGGAGGACCACUCGACAAAUUCGGUGGUUUCGGCUCCAUGAAUCACGCCAUGCACGCUCCAAUGCCUACUUACAUGACCGGAGCGUCGUCUUUCGGUUCUUCGUACCUGACUCACGGGGGUCCCCAUAUGCAGGGAGCCAGCAUGGGAGGAUUCGGAAACUCAUAUCCGGCCUCCAGUUUCGCGUCGUCGUUCUCAAAUUUACAAAAUGUCGGUUACUCGUCAGGACUCAAUCUGUCUACGUCAUCAAAUAUGGUCGGCGCAGCAAUGGCCUAAUUACAAGAAAGGGAGACCAUCUACAAACAUGCCAAAACAUAGGUCGUGUUCUAUUUACAUUAAUCAGCUCACCAAUUCUAUAAAUGGACUAGUGCCGUCGAUGUCUACAUGUACACCAUAUUGACAAUGUCUGCAUGUAUGUCAAACAUGAAAAAAUGUGUCUCAAAAUAUACACACAUAGCUGUCAUGACAGUGAAAUUGACACUUUAACAUUGACACGCGUGUAACACAGGUGAAUGGAAGUUUUUGUUCGUUAAAACUGAGUGUAUUGUAUUAAGUACGAGAAUGAUGGACCUUAAGCACAUAAUACUGCUUAUUUGAUGCAAGUAUGUGUCAUUGAUCAGCUGAAUGGACAAAUCGUGCAUGACACAAAGCUGUUCUUGUCGUGGGUAUUGUAUCCCGAACGAUAUCGAGUUAGGGAACGUGAAUUGGCGAGAAUUGGUGGUUACCGAUUUGAAGCCCAUCAAGUUUCGGAAUCUGGACAGUGCUUCGUAUAUAUAUUCGUUCGAUAAUUUUUUUUAUCUUCUGACAGAUAUAUGUUUUUUUUUUCAAAGAGAACACUUUUUGAAUUUUGCGUUUACCCCAUAAUAAGGUAACCGUUUCAAUUACAUUGUUUUAGAUAUUAAAGUUUUAACAAUUAUGUAAAAAUAUAAAACUCCACCAAUUUGCUUGACAUUUAGACGAUUGUUUACUUGCAGAUUGUUAGCAAGCUAUGUGAAUUUAGGCAUAAAACUUACAAAUAAUUUUAAGUUCCGUUACAGUUAAUAUUUUAAAUAUAAUUUUCUCAAGGUGUUUGUAUGUUGCUUUUUUAUCUAUUACAAAGUAAACGUUGUUUGAUCAAUGUAAGAAAACACGUUUUUUUUUAUAUUUGGUUGAAAAUAUGCAUGCUUGUAUUACUUCUCUUUGUGCCACUGCAUUUUGUUUGAAUGAGGUUUGAAAAUAAUUGUAAUGAAUUUGAAUGAGCAGUACACGGAUCUAUCAUCUGAGUUCAUGUCGCGCGCAUGCGCAUAUAGCAACGGACACUCAAAUACUACAUCCAUGUUGUUUUGCUGUGCAAAUUUCAUUGAGAGUGGUGAUAACAGGUUUUUAUUGUAUUUUGUCUCUUACAGUCUUAGUGUGGGGUGGUGUUCAUUUGAAAGUAGAAACUUACACUUUGAAAUGUACAUACUUAUCUUGACAAAAUGCCCUUAGUUCAGGGAUGACCGUGUAUUUUGAAUCUCAUGUUUUAUGUGAGAGUAUGUUUUAUUUCAUGAUUACGAUAUUCUUCGUGUAAGAUGUGAAGAUGGCAUGAGCACAUUUGCUGUUAUGGAUUUUAUAAAUUUAGGAUUCAUAAUUUCGAAAUGAUUUUUACCUUAUAGAUUUUUAGUCAGAUUAUCAUUGUAAAUAGUCGUAUUUAUUUAAUUUGCGAUAAAGAUGGCGUGUAUAUAUAUACUAUAUUGACUUAUUUUGUUAGACAUUAAACGAUCUAUAAGUCAAAACAAUCUGUCUAGUCCCGGUUUAUAUAUUUUUGAUAUCAUGGCAUCAUGAUUGUACGGACGUCAACAUUUCUGCAUAAUCACCCGAAUGAAUUACGCACAUACAUGGCUUUAAUUAAAUCACGCAUAGUAUAAAUAUGUAUUUCGACAAAUUAAACAUAAUUUCGCGCAAAUGUAGCAAAUGUCUGUCAUUGAUGUUAUAUGUAACGGAUCUGUAUGAAUUCCAAUAUGAUAUUUGUUGUUUUCAUUAUAUUUUAUAACCGGCAAUGACGUCAUCUGUUUCCGGUUUCUGUUUAAAGUAAUAUUGCAUUUUGAUCGAUUGUUUGAAUUUUCUCUUUCUAAAAUGUCUCUUAGUUAUGGCAUUCCUUAUCAAAAGGUUAGCUUUUUCCGCGAGUUUUAAACAGGAUACACUGUUUUUAAAUAUACCGAUGAUUAUUUCAUUAUGAUCAAAAUUAUUUUAUCAUUUCAGUUACUUGAAGUAAUUUUUGGUUUGUUUAUGAAAUAAAUAUUUUGUGAAAUAUUUGUCAAUUUGUUUUUAAUGAAUACAGUUAUGAAAGAGA